UACAUCGGAAAGAAAAAGUUCCACUCUUUUAGAAGUGGAGUUUUCUCUUCGUUAUUCUCAACACACACAGACAGCCUUUACUCUUUCUCUCUCUCGAUUCGCUUCGCACUUUAACACACUGUUUCGUUUGGUUAUUGACGUUAUCACCAAGACUCUUUCUUUGGAUUGGAGCCUUCAACUCAUAUAUAUAUAUAUAUAUAUAUAUCUUACUCCUAAACUAUUACAAACCCUUCAUGUUUGUCAUAUUCUUAUUUUUCUUCUUCUUCUGUUGUCUUGAGAGCUUUUAAUUUUCUCUGCUAACACCAAUUUCCAGGAACCCACAUCAAUCGCCUUGAAAUGGAUGGAUCUGAUGCUAAGGCGAGCACAUCAUCUAAAAACCUUUUGUCAAAUUAUAGGCUGGGGAAAACUCUUGGUGCUGGGGCAUCUGGUAAAGUGAAACUUGCACUUCAUAUUGUGACAGGCAUUAAAGUUGCUAUUAAGAUCCUUGCUCGUCAAUCAAUUGAUGAUUCUGCAGCAGAAAAAGUGAGACGAGAGAUCAAAAUCCUGAAGCUAUUUUCACAUCCCCAUGUAGUUCGCCUAUAUGAAGUCAUAGAGACGCGGUCGAAAAUUUAUGUUGUCAUGGAGUACAUGAAUUCUGGUGACCUAUUUGAUUAUAUUACAGAGAACGGAAGGGUCCAAGAAGAUGAGGCGCGCCACUUCUUCCAACAGAUUAUUUCAGGUGUUGAAUGUUGCCAUCUCCACAUGGUGGUUCACCGAGAUCUCAAGCCAGAGAAUCUGCUUUUGAAUUCCGAACACAAUCUCAAAAUUGCUGACUUUGGUCUUAGUAAUAUCAUGCGUGAUGGUCAUUUUCUUAAAACAAGCUGUGGAAGCCCAAAUUAUGCUGCUCCUGAGGUUAUAUCUGAUAGAUUAUAUGCUGGUCCUGAGGUUGAUGUUUGGAGUUGCGGUGUCACUUUAUAUGCUCUUCUGUGUGGAAGACUUCCUUUUGAUGAUGAUAAUCUUCCCGGUUUAUAUGCAAAGAUAAAGAAUGGAGUAUACACAUUGCCAAAUCAGUUGUCUCAUGGUGCCCGUGAUUUAAUAGCACGCAUACUUACCAUUGAUCCUAUAAAUCGUAUAUCAAUCCCUGAAAUACGUCAGCAUCCUUGGUUUCAACAAGAUCUUCCACAAUACAUAGCUAUGCCAUCUGUCAUUGCAGCGUACGAUACCAAAAAGAUUAAUGAGGGCAUUAUCCUUGAAAUGGCUAAGAUGGGCUUUGAUAUCCAUGAAGUGAUUGGGUCUCUUCAGAAUGGAUUGGAAAACAAGGCAACGGUAACAUACUAUUUGCUAGCAGACAGCCAUUUUAGAGUUCACCACAAUUACCUGAAGAAUGAGCUUCUAGAAUUAUUGCCUCCGGUGCAUGUCCACCCUGAUGAAACAUACACGAGACCACCAGCUCCUGUUCAAAAAAAGUGGGCUCUUGGGUUUCAGUCUCAAAUAUCUCCCCGUGAGACAAUGACAGUUGUUUUAAAGGUCCUUGAGAAGUUAAACGUGCGAUGGAAGGAGAUAGGGCAUUAUAACAUGAAAUGCCUCUGGGCACCUGAAUUUUCUGCAUAUCCCAAAAAUACACUUAAUGGUGGUCCUACUCUGAUAAACGAUGUCUAUGGCCUUGAGUCAUCAAUUAUAAGUACAAGCAUAUUGGGUAUUAGGUUGCAAAAUGCUCUCAAGUUUGAAAUUCAGCUUUACAAAGCCAGUGAAGAGACGUAUCUUCUGGACUUGCAAAGAAUACAUGGCCCCCCUUUCCUCUUCCUCGAAAUAUGUGCUGCUUUCUUCGCACUGGUGGCGUAAAUUUCUGUUAAAAGCUUCACACUCUUGAAUAUAAUAGUUUAAAAAAGUAACGACCAAUUAGUACACAUUAAUGUGUAUUUGGGACCUUACCUUCGGCAUAAUGCAUAAAGUGAUAGUCUCAAGACUUGAACUCGUAACCUCAAGAUUAUUAGGUCUAGUCUUAACCAUUGAAUCAAUUGUCGCUUCUAAUAUAAUAGUUUCUUGCAUAUAUAUUAAUUAAAUAAAAAUUUUGGUGGGAUUGUUGAUUCUGUUUCUUA